AGAGGGAGAAGAAGAAGAAGGAGGAGAAGAGGAAGUUACAAUUGACUUGUAGAAAAACUGUUUUACUGUUGUUGCAGUGCGGAUGGAGAGAAAAGAAAUAGAGAUAAGCAAAGAGGAGCUCCAAAGCUGGAUCAGAGAUGAGGUUCACAAAGCCAGGCUGUCCACUGCUAGCACUCUCAUGAAAUACCAGCUGCUGCAGUCUCUACUAGAAAGAAGGCAAACACAGGCAACCAGAUUUUUAAAGCUCUGUCAGUCUGUUGUGAUAUUUGAGAACACUGUGAAAGAACUGUACUCUCAGUUGGGAUGGGAGUACACUGACUUGGAUUCCGAUGGUGAGAACGAUGAAGAACCCAUGAGCUGCAGGCGUACUUUACCAUUUGUGUUUGUUUCUUCGGGGGAUCGUAUUCACAGACCUUCAGCUUCCAGGGACUCAGCUUCACAGUCACCAGUGUCAGAACUUGAAGAAUAUCAGGAGGAAAUUGUUAGUCAAAAAACCCCCGGUGUUGCUUUAGGCAAAGAAGCUUUGGUGGUUUUGAGUAAACUUACAAAUUCUGAGAUUUCUGCCAGUAUGCCCCCUCUUUCGUCUGACUCCGGCAGCGAUAACAAGGAAAAUUUAAGCUCUGCAGAGUCCGGUGUGCAGUGGGAACCAGACAAAGAGACGAGUGAAUCAAACUGUUCACUCUCAGAUUUUAGUACUGGAUCCAAGAAGAAGAGAAAAAUGAAUAAAAACAAACAAAAACAUGAAAAGCUCAAUUUGGCUUCCAAAAGAAGCAGAAUGUCUUCGCCAACAACCAGAAGGAGCAUGAGAUCAACAACUACCAUCAAAAAACCCAAUUACAAGGAGUGUGACGUCUCGGAAUCGUCAAGCUUACCAUCAACUUCAGAUAGUGAUGAUGAAAGCAGCAAAGAAAAUGCUGCAGCACUUCGGUCCCUCUCUACAAAACUAACGAUGCGGCUCUCCGGCAAGACAAUAAAGACAUCCCAAACCAGUGCAACAGUAGCAACAAAAACGCCUGGCAAAACUACAGAGACGAGAGCUCAGCCCAGCACAACAAACACUACGUCUGAAUCCUCCAAAACGCCAUCAACACAGCUGUCCAAAACACCGCCGUCAACAACAGAGCCGUCCAAAACGCCAGUGUCAGCAACAGAGAUGUCCAAAACCCCGGUGUCAGCAACAGAGAUGUCCAAAACGCCGGUGUCAGCAACAGAGCCGUCCAAAACAGUCAGUGCUAAGACUGUGAUCAAAACAAUCACACCACCUGCAGAGACAAAAAACUCCUUUGCCAGCCAGCAGUCCUCUAAAAUGACCGUUGCUCCUCCAAGCGUGCCCAAAAGAGAAAUCAAAGUGAACAUGAACGUCCUGGCGAGAAAGCAACAUUUGUGCUGGCAACGAGGGAAAGUUGCAGAAAUAAUAACAAAAGAAGGUGGAAAGGUGAAAUACAAGGUCACUUUUGAGGAAAAGGGUAAAAUCCUCGUGUCCGGUCACCACCUUGCCUUUGACAACAUGCCAAAGUUGGAAGAGCUUUCUAUAGGCUGUCGUGUGGUGGUCAAGAUUUCAAAUGAGAAAGUGGAGUACAAGCCCGGCAUAAUGGCCGAGCUCCCUAGCCGAAAAAAUCGCAUGAGGUUCCUGGUGUAUAUUGAUGACCACACCCCCAUGUAUAUUGGCUUACCUGCACUCCAUCUGGUGUACAGAGCAUUGGACAAUCCUUUAGAUGACAUUCCUGAUGAAAUUCACAGGGACUUCAUGAAGGAGUAUCUGAAAGUCUGGCCUUACCCACCGCAGACCCAGUACAAAGUUGGACAGACUAUAAAGGCUGAUUAUGAAGGUGUCAUGCAGAAGUGUGAGGUCACCGCUGUUGACUGCAGCUUGGUUGAGGUCAUUUUUGAGAGUGAUAAACAUAAGGAGUGGCUCUACCGAGGCUCGCUACGCCUGGAACAUAUGGUCAGUAUGAGGUACAGCAUGUGGAAGAAGGAGGCUGCGGAAUCGGCAAAGAAACCUCUUUAGUCAAUGGAUCAUUAAAAUCAGCACAUUGGGUUGAGAAGAACCAUGUCUGGAAAGGUGAACAGCAUGCUUCCUGCUGGCGCUCCAAGCUCCUGGUGGAAAUACUGCAGUGGUUUUUCAAAAUUCCUCUGGCAUUAUGCGACUUUGGCUGUUCCACUUCCAGCUUUUCUUGAGUCAUCUGAGAGUUUGGACCAUUGAGGAAGCUUAAUUUACAUUACAUACAUUUUUUAAAUUACAUUCUCUGUAUUUGUAGAUUGGAAUAGUAUUAUUGAUCUUCUGAAGAUUCUACCUCAUUAAAACAGCUGAGGACUUGUAAUUUUUUUAUAAGAGUUAUUUCUGUUCAAUUGCAAAUGCUUUUUUAGCAUACUUGUGUGGUCUGUGUUGUUAAAUAAAAACUGUUGUUUUUUGUGUAGUAUAAAGACUUUCCUUCAACAUCUGUAAAAAGUGUUCACCCCCUUGGAUGUUUUCUGUUGUUUUUGCUUUAACAAAUCGAUCCAAAUCUGCCAUUUUUGACAAUAAAUUAUUUCUUUAUUGUCAAAGUGAA